AGCCAAAACCCCGCAACUAUCGACUCCCGAUGCAUCGACACAUAUAUAUUCUGCUGCUGGUGGCCAUUGUUCUCGUUUCAAGCACCAAUGCAACGUUGACCAGCCCAGAGCCGAAACACGUCCAAGCUACGAGACGGCUCAGAGGUGCCCCCAAGACUGGAGAAAUCGACAGGAGCGCCACGCAUUCACAGGACACGAAGCUGGACUCUGGUGCAAAACUGACCAGCAAGUUGAAGCGUGUCAAAGUCCCCGCAGUCACGAUGGAGAACGAGAUGUGGAACAAGCUACUGACUCCCUUGUUUAAGGAGUUCUUCGCGAAAGAGGUCCACCCGCGGAGAGCUCCCAAAUUCCUGUCAGCCGUUAAAUCUCGAGAGGUAAGAGACGACAUUGCCGACCUGUACAAGUUCUGGUAUAGGAUACGUCUAGCGUAGAUGUUGCCAAAUCGCAUGCCAGGUA